UCUAUUCAUCCCAAAUCCAAUUAGCAACAGUAAUUGCAAUAAGAGUAAGAUCUGUAGACGAAGAUGGAUGAGAAGUUACGACUGUAAUGGCGGGUGAAAAUGAAAGUGAUCCGGACUACGUCACUUGUAUGCUUCAACCUCGCCGGCCGGACUCCGAUCUCAAUUACGUCGGAAUUCGCAGGCUCCUGCUCUCUCGCAAGCCCCGGCCAACUAUCCUUCGCCGCAAGGAUUGGCGGUGCAAUGGGAGAGGCUACGUGGCGUUCCGUAAUUACAUCAACAGACCUAGCAAUUGGGAGAAUACGCAUAUCGCGAGCCACGCCAGUACUCCCAGUGGGAAUUGGAUGCAGUCUCUGGGUUCUUUCAGUCAACUGUCGCUUUUGCUCGAUGGCGAUAGCUGGAGUACAACUCCGAGCAGGGAGGUGCAAAGUAACAGUCAAGCAUUGAGUCGAAGUGCAAGUUCAAGCUCAGUUGGUGGAAGUGAUAUUAAUCCCCCGCGAAGAAAGGCUGAACCUGGAUAUUCGUUUGUGGGGAUGCAUUUUAUUUUUGACCAAUGCAAAGCAAUGGUUACGGUUGUGAAGUUCGGGCAUAUGAGUUCAGAUUUACUAGCGUAUGGAGCAUCAGAUGGAACGCUGACUGUGUGCACUGUCUCUGAACCACCUUCCAUACUCAAGAAAUUAACAGGGCACUCGAAAGAUGUCACAGAUUUUGACUUCACAUUGGGCAACCAGUACAUAGCAUCAUCUUCAGAGGAUAAAACAGUGAGAGUAUGGGACAUAUCUAAAGGAAUAUGUAUUCGAGUAAUUUAUGGAGUCUCUGCGCAGCUGUGUAUCCGGUUUCACCCUGUCAAUAAUAACUUUCUAUCAGCUGGAAAUGCGAAUAGGGAAAUUAAUGUGUUUAAUUUUAGCACUGGGAGAAUUAUCGAUAAAGCAGUCUUUGAUAGUGAGGUGACUGCGAUGGACCAUGACCACACUGGUCAGCUUAUUUUCUGUGGGGAUGCUCAGGGAUCUAUAUACACAGUCAAAAUGAACUCGCACACGGGUAAUUUGUCUAGAUCUCACCGUAACCGUAGCGGUAGCAAACAGAAAUCUCCAGUCACGACUGUACAGUAUAGAACCUUUUCUCUACUGUCACGAGGACCUGUGCUGUUGUCAUUUACUAGAGAUGGAAGCUUGUCUUAUUUCAGUGUUUCUUUAGAAAGACAAGGUUACCUUACUAUACGUUGCUCGCUUAGAUUGGGUACACGGCUGCACAGCAUUCGCGCUUCCUUUUGCCCACUUCUUUCUCUUGAAAAAGGAGAAUACAUAGUUGUUGGGAGUGACGAUGCAAAUGUCUACUUCUACGACUUGACACGCCCAAAGCAUCCAUGCGUGAACAAGCUACAGGGUCACGGUUAUGCAGUUAUAGGAAUUGCUUGGAAUUAUGGAGAGACUUUGUUGGCAUCUUCGGACUUUGGAGGCACUGUUAUUGUUUGGAAGAGAGCAAAAACAAAGUAAAACUAAUCACGAGAGUAAUGUCGAAGAUGUGCAAGCAUCUUUCUUUUCCCUGGAUGACCACCCACCAUUUUUUUGUGAAUUUUGUGUAAAACUGUAGUGUUAGUUGAGUUGUAGUUCGUGUAGGAAUCUGAAUGAAAUGAUAUCCAUUCGUUGUAACCAAAAUUUUCCUUUCAAUACUAUAUAUAAUAUAUGACAAGUUUUUUCA